UUUUUUUUUUUUUUGAAAAUAAAAAAUAAACAAAAAUGACUCAUCUUACCGCUGAUUGCCUUAACGAGAUCUUUAGAUAUUUUGAGGAAGAUAAGGCCGUUUUACAUUCAUGCCUACUGGUUAAUCGUUUCUGGUGUGAAGUUUCUGUUAGAAUUUUAUGGGAAACCCCCAAUGUAUCAGUAGAAGUUCUUAAUACUCUAAUUACUUGCUUACCUGAUGAAUCUAAAGAAUUUUUAUAUAAAGUUGGAACUAUUUUAAAACCAACAAUUCCUUGCGAGAAAGAAGUUAUGUCGGCUUCAACUUCAAAACAUCCACUAUUCAAUUAUGUAUCAUAUUGUAAAGUUCUUUCAAUUUCUAAUAUCUAUUCUAUUGUUAAACUUUUCUUUAACAACAAACAGUCAGUUAAUACAAAAGAAAAUAUUAAUUUACUAACACAAGAAAUAUUCAAAAUGUUUAUGGGUGUUUCUUCGAUAAAAAAAUUAUCAUAUACUAAUGAUGAUGUAAAAAUUCCAAACAAUAUAAAUUUUGUUAAUUUCCCUGGAACGAAAUAUUGUUUAAGAAAUCUUUCAGAAUUUACCUGUACUUCAAACGUUAAUUCUGAAGUUUUUAAUCAGUUGUCGAAAAUAUGUCAUAAUAUUCAAUCAUUAAAUAUUAAGUUUAACAAAUAUUCUGAUAAAGUUUCAGAUGGGUUAAAAAAUUUAAUUUCUUCACAAAAUAAUUUAAAAUCCUUAUCAUUGACUUAUUAUGAAUCAAAUCAUUGGUCAGAUAUCAUAGAUUCGUUGUCAAAACAUUCUAAUACUUUAAUCAAGUUAAUCAUCAAAGGAAAAGACAAUCAUUGGCCAUUAUCCUUUAUAAAAGAUUUCAAAAAUUUACAAGAACUUGAAAUAUCGUUAAGUUAUGUUAGUAAAGAAGACGAUGGGUAUUCAGAUUUCGAACAUUUUGAGGAUUUACAAUAUUUUACUUUUCCACACUUAAAAAAAUUAAAUAUUAAUCUUCCAAAAAAAGUGGAGCCGAUAGUAGUAAAAUUUUUGGAGAACAAUGGAAUGAAUUUAGUGGAAUUUCAAAGUAAAUGUAAAUCAAUAAAUCGUGCUGUUAACGAUCAUUGUCCGAAAUUGAAAUCAUUACAUACUACAUUUGGUGAAAAAUUUUCAGGAUUAUUAUUAAGAAAUAUUCUUAAGAAAUGCAAAAAAUUAGAAAGUAUUGAAAUAUUUCGUCGUGGUUCAAAUUUAAGCGGAAAAGAACUUUUGAAAAUUGUAGCUGAAAAUUCACCGAAGAAUUUUCAUGAAUUAAAAUUUCAUAAUUAUUAUGCGGAAUUAGACGUUUGAAGAUUUGAAAUCCUUUUUUAUUAGUUGGAAAAAGCGUAACCCACAAAAAUCACUUACUUUAAAUUUUAAAAAUGUUGGUUCUAAAAAAAAUAAUGAAAUGAAGGAAAUUAUUAAUGAAUAUGAAAAGAUUGGCG